AUGAGUGCGAAGAGGAGCAGAAUGAUGGACACAGACAUGGCCGAAGACCAUGACUCGUCGGACGAUGAGGUUGGAAUGGAGAUGGAGGAUCUAGCCGACCAAAAAGUUCCUAUGGAGCUCAAAGGACUUUCCAUCGAAGAAGACGAUUAUUUCGGAAUAAAGCAACUCCUGCUGCCACUUCUUCCCAAUUCUAACGUCACUUUGGCUGAUGUAGCCAACGACAUCAUCGCUCAAAACUUCAUCGGCCACAUCAUCAAACAAGUCGAUCCCCAAACCGAAGAAGCAAAUGAUGAGGAUCCAGUUUUGAGCCUCUCCACCAUUCUCCCGUUGAACAAUCAGAAAUGGGCGCAAGAUCUGGGAAAGCAUUUGAUGAAGAAAGCGGAGGGGACGAAGGAUGUUAACCCACUAGGGUUGAGGAGCUUCUUGGAGGGAAAGAACAACGCGUGGAUGGUGAACUCGCGAUUUGUAAAUUUUCCGGCGCGGGCUGAGGGACUUCUAUCAUUGUUACAAGAUGUAGACGAUGCGUCGAAAAAGAAGCAUAAGAGCUCGUGGAAGUUCGACAAUGUCCUGUUGAUCGUCCCAAGGAUGCACCCAAAGAGCGACAACGAAAUGGAGAGCGAAAUCGUUUACAAGAAUCAAGAAGAUGAACUUCUUAUUCAAGGCGCUGCGAAUUUUGAAGAAUGGUCGAUGGAAUGGAACGCAGAGAGCGACUUCAAGCAAGAAGAAGAGAGUGUCGGCUGGGACGAUGAGGAUCUUUACACUGAAAAGGAUCUGUAUGAAAUUCUCGAUGUUCCCCGUACUGCUUCUAUCUCAGAGAUAAAAAGCGCGUACAAAAGCAUCGCUCGACAGUAUCAUCCGGAUAGGAAUCCUGAUCCAGAGGCGAGCGAGAUUUUCCAAGAGGCAACUUACGCCAAAGAAAUUUUGACGGAUGACGAACUUCGAUCUAGAUAUGAUAGUUGCGGGCAUGAAUGUUUAAAAGACGCGCCAACUGGUGGUGGAGGGGCAGAUUUUUCUGAUAUUCUCCAGGAUUUGUUUGACUUUCCCGGACAGGGACAAAACGCAGGACCAAAGAAAGGAGAUGACGUUUUUGUACCUCUUUCUGUUACUCUCGAAGAACUAUACAACGGGGCAGAGGUCAACUACGUCAGAAGGAAACUCGUUCCAGAGACGGCCCCAGGAACGCGAAAAUGUAAUUGUCGAGUUGUGAUGAAACAACAGCAACAAGGCAUUUACAUCAAUAUGGUUCAGGAAGAGGUCUGCGAUCAGUGCCAAAAUAUAAAAUGGGAACCCGAGGAAGACACGGUCGAGAUCGAAAUUCAACCUGGAAUGCCAGACGGCCAAGUCCUCUUCCUCGAGGCUGAAGGAGAGCAGAGCGCGGAUGCACCACCUGGUGAUUUGAAAUUUGUUCUCCAUGAGCUCCCUCAUCCAAUUUUCGAUCGAAAGGGGGAAAAUUUAUUCUUGAAUGUAACCAUUUCCCUCCAGGACUCUCUUACUGGUUUUGAAACGGAAGCCACUCAUCUUGACGGAAGAAAGAUCAAAAUCCGACGAUCAGGAAUCACUCGCCCCGGAUUCCGACAAAAGCUGGCCAACGAAGGAAUGCCAAAAUACGGUGGCGGGUUCGGAUUCCUUCUGAUCACCUUCGACAUUGAUUUUCCGACCAAAACACUUUCAGAAAAUGAAAAGACCAAAAUCUCCGAGAUUUUGCAAUCCCUUGAAUCCUAA